AGUUUUACAUGACGCGUUUCCGCUUUCAACCUCAUCGUGCGUUAAGUUAGCUAAAACAGGUAUUUUUUCCAUUUGUGUUGUGUCUUAUGGGAAAAAUAAAGGCACAAAUAAAUAGUUUUGCAUGGCUAUGGAGGGAUGUACUUAUCCAUUAAGUGUCCUUAUCGGGAGUUUGUGAGUUUCAGCUUAAACUAACGCCUAAUUUUAAAACUGAGUUAGCUGAGUUAGCUAACUCACAGCCGUUACUCCUGCCAUAACAACAACGUUGUUUGGGCGUUUUGAAAAGCGGCAUCAUGGCCAAUCUAGAGCAGUGGGUCAGUGACCGUCUUCAUGACAUCCUCGGGUUGAGUGACAGAUAUGUGUCUCAAUUCAUGAUUGGCACUGCACGGAAAGCACUUAGUCCUCAAGACUUUGUGACACGUCUCGAGCAGACGGGCACAAUUGACAUCGACCCGAGUGUGAUCGCCUUUGCGCAAGAGCUCUUUGACAAGAUUCCUCGCAAGCAGGUUGUGGAGAAAGCAUCCCGGGCGAUAGAACGGGAAGCCAUUGAAAUGGAGAGGAAGAAUCGGACGUACACGCUACUGGAGGACAGCGACAGCGAUGGAGAAAGUGUGAGAGAGAAACAGAAAGAGAAAAAGAAAAGCAAGGACAAGGACAGAGGAAACAAAAGGAAACACAUUAGAAAGAAGAAAGAGAGCGAGUCCUCCAGUGAAGAUGAAUCACCUAAACGGGGUGAUUCAGGCAAGUCUGUCAAGAAAGAAGAGGAGGAAGAGGAAGAAUGGGAGAAGGAAGAGCGAGAGAGAUUGCAGGACAUUGAAGAGAGAGAUGCAUUUGCCUUGCGAGUGAGGCAGAAAGACAAAGAGAAGACCCGCAACAUAGCAGAGAGGACUGACAAAAAGGCUUACGAGGAAGCUCAGAAGAGGCUGGAGAUGGCUGUGGAUGAUCAGAAGAAUAUGUUGCCAGAGUUGAGGAAGCGCUCUCGCUGGGAGUAUCUGAAGAAGAGAGAGUCAGAGAAGCUGGAGGACCUGGAGGCAGAGAUCAAGGACGAGGAGUACCUUUUCUCUACAGAUGAGCUGACUGACAGGGAGAAAAAGGAGUUGGAAUACAAACGCACCCUUCGGGACCUGGCUAGAGACUACAAAAAGGCUGGGGCCAAGGAACAGGAAGAGAGGAAGAACAGAUACUAUAUGCCAGAAGAGAAGAGAAGCAAGGACGUUCCGCAGAGGGACCUGGAGCUGGAGGAAAUUCCCAUGGAGCUGGGAGGAGAGCAAGGCCGCUGGGAGGAGGAGAGGCUGAAGACGGCCUCCCUCAGCUUCGGGGCCAAGAAGGAGCGAGAGCAAGGGAUGAGGCAGGAGCAGGAGAAGUACCAGCUGAUCCUGGAGGAGGAUGAGAUGAUCGACUUUGUCAGCACUGCCAUUACCAUGAAAGGAACUCGGACAGAAAAGGAUCAGGAGGCCCCUGCUCUGUCGCAGGCAGAGCUUAAGAAACAGUCCAUGCAGGAGGUCCGACGCAGCCUACCCAUCUUCCCCUACAGAGAGGACCUGCUAGCAGCCAUCCAUGAGCACCAGAUCCUGGUCAUUGAAGGGGAGACAGGCUCUGGAAAAACCACCCAGAUCCCACAGUACCUCCUGGAAGAUGGCUACACUAAAGGAGGCAUGAAGAUUGGAUGCACACAGCCUCGCAGAGUGGCAGCCAUGUCAGUUGCAGCCAGAGUGGCCCAGGAAAUGAGUGUCAAGCUUGGGAAUGAGGUGGGUUACAGCAUUCGUUUUGAGGACUGCACAUCAGAGAGAACAGUGCUAAAGUACAUGACAGACGGCAUGCUGCUCCGAGAGUUUCUCACCGAGCCCGACCUGGCCAGCUACAGUGUGAUCAUUAUAGAUGAGGCCCAUGAGAGAACACUCCACACAGACAUCCUGUUUGGUCUGAUUAAGGACAUUGCCAGGUUCAGGCCAGACCUGAAGGUGCUGGUGGCCAGCGCUACUCUGGACACUGAGCGCUUCUCCUGCUUUUUUGACGACGCACCUGUCUUUAGGAUUCCUGGCAGGAGGUUCCCCGUUGAUAUCUUCUACACUAAAGCUCCAGAGGCAGACUAUCUGGAAGCGUGUGUGGUGUCAGUGCUACAAAUCCACGUCACUCAACCUCCUGGAGACAUCUUGGUCUUUCUCACCGGACAGGAGGAGAUUGAAGCGUGUUGCGAGCUGCUCCAGGACAGAUGCAGGCGGCUGGGAUCCAAGAUAGCAGAGCUUCUUGUCCUUCCCAUCUAUGCCAAUCUGCCAUCUGACAUGCAGGCGAAGAUUUUCAACCCCACUCCACCUGGGGCCCGUAAGGUGGUGGUGGCUACCAAUAUAGCAGAAACCUCACUGACCAUAGACGGCAUAAUCUACGUCAUUGAUCCAGGCUUCUGCAAACAGAAGAGUUACAACGCACGCACUGGCAUGGAGUCACUCAUUGUCACACCCUGCUCUCGGGCUUCGGCCAACCAGAGAGCAGGCCGUGCAGGCAGAGUGGCUGCUGGAAAAUGUUUCAGGCUUUACACAGCCUGGGCUUUUAAACAUGAAAUGGAGGAAACGACUGUGCCUGAAAUUCAGAGGACAAACUUGGGAAAUGUAGUCCUGCUGCUAAAGAGUCUAGGCAUCAAUGACCUCAUACACUUUGACUUCAUGGACCCUCCUCCUCAUGAGACUCUGGUCUUGGCGCUGGAGCAGCUCUACGCCCUCGGAGCACUCAACCACAUGGGAGAGCUCACCAAGCUGGGUCGCAGGAUGGCUGAGUUACCUGUGGACCCCAUGCUGAGCAAGAUGAUCCUGGCCUCCGAGCAGUACAAGUGUUCAGAGGAGGUGUUGACGAUAGCAGCCAUGUUGUCAGUGAACAACUCCAUUUUCUACCGGCCUAAAGACAAGGUGGUGCACGCUGAUAAUGCCAGGAUGAACUUUGUGGUGCCAGGGGGAGACCACCUGGUGCUGCUCAAUGUCUAUACUCAGUGGGUGGAGAGCGGCUUCUCCACACAGUGGUGCUAUGAGAACUUUAUCCAGUUCCGCUCCAUGAGGAGAGCCCGGGAUGUCAGGGACCAGCUGGAGGGUCUGAUGGAUCGCAUUGAAGUGGAGGUGGUCAGCUCCCAAGGAGACAGUAUACCCAUUCGCAAGGCGGUGACAGCAGGAUAUUUCUAUCACACGGCGCGACUGAGCAAAGGUGGCUACAAGACGGUGAAGCACCAGCAGACAGUCUACGUCCACCCCAACAGCUCUCUGUUUGAGGAGCAGCCCCGCUGGCUCAUCUACCACGAGCUGGUCUUCACCACAAAGGAGUUCAUGAGACAGGUGAUUGAGAUAGAGAGCAGCUGGCUGCUUGAAGUCGCUCCUCACUACUACAAAAGUAAAGAGCUGGAGGACAGCAGCAGCAAGAAGAUGCCCCGCAAGCAGGGUAAAACAAAAGAGGAGCUGGGCUGAAGAGAAGACAGAGACUCUGUGGACAGAUGACAGAAAUAAAAAGCUCAGGUGCCCACUCCCCUCCUCUCUCAGGGCAGGGUAAAAGUAGGAAAAAUGACUUUCAAAGCUUGGACAUUUCUUAAAAAUAAAGAGGAAAAGUGGUACCAAUUCAGUACAUAAACAAGUGCAUGUUUGUAGCCUGUCUACACAUGUGAAAUUAUUUUCUGCUGUAGUUUGAUAUGGCAUUUUUUGACUGUGCUUACUCAGUAUUUGGACCAAAUCUGGCUGCAGAAAGCAGCCUGAGUACAGACACGUGGAGCAGAGUGAUGGGUCCAGUAAGAAGUGGGUCACAAACCUACUGACUGGUUUAAUCAUAAACCAGCCACAUCAGCUGGGCCACUACAAAGGAACUUUAAUGCACUUGGAUCUGAGUUUCCUGCAACAGCAGACUCGCAGUGUGGGAUUUUUUUCAGCUCAUUGAUGAACUUGUUUGUUUUUCAGCCGCUUUUGAACAUCCACCAGACUGUUUGUUGACUCGCCCUAAAUAAACUGGCUUUGUCAAAUCUUGCAUUUGUCAAAGUAGCACACUGUUAAAGUGUACAAAUGGACUGUUAUUCAGAUUCUCCACCAAGCUGAAAAGACUAAUAUCCAAAUGAUGAGUUUCAUUCACAUGUGAGGCUCCUUAUCUUGUCAAUUUUCUUUUUUUCUAGAGCAAUAAAGUUUUACAACCAUC